AUGUCGACGGCGUUACGUUCCUCAUUUUCUAUGCAGAGUAUGGAAAGUCUUUAUACGAAUAACAGCUCAAAGUUUUCUGCGCUUCAUCGUCGCAAGGCCGCUUCUAGGCAACCAGCGAUCGUGAUCAACUCCAACAGCGAUGUACGACACCGGGUAAUGUCGGCACGCAUGCUGCGUCUCAAGCAACUACAAAAUCAGCUUGAGGUGGCGAAUCUUCACAUUGCGGAACUGACAAAGGAUAAUCGGUAUCUAAAAGCUUUGCAGAAACGCCAGGACUCUGCCCUGUCAAAGUACGAAAACUCGAAUGCAGAGCUCCCUAAGCUUUUACAUUCGCAUGCGGAGGAGGUUCGCACGUGGCAAACUAAAUAUCGCAAUCUCCAGAAUCAAUACAAGGAAUUAGACAAGAAAUUAAAGACUAAAGAUUCGCAUAUACUAACGAUAACUGACCAAAAUAAGCACUUAAUGCAGCUUAAUAAAGAUAAGCAUUUGGAAGAACGCGAAAGACUGGCAGAUAGGGUACGGUAUUUAGAAAACAGGCUCAUGGAAAAAGACAACGAUGCCAAAUUACUUGCCAGAAGGCUUCAGUUGGAAACGAAAAACUUCAAAGCUCAAAUGCAACAAGAAGUUCUAAAGCAACGUGAAAUGGCACAAAAAGUAGAACGAUCGCAUCAGGAAAUCAAUCGAUUGAAUUCGGUGAUUGAGAUAUAUGAGAAGCGUACACCAUCAACAUUGCUUAAAAAUAGUAGCUUUCUGUUGAAAACCUCAAAACCGUCAUCCGGACAACAGCAGCAAAUUGUACGAUAUACUAACGGUACUCCUAAACCAACUUUUCCGAAUUUUUCUGAGCCCUCACCAGUCACAAAUUUGGACAUGAGUCCAAAAACAAAAACCAUUCAUGACGGUGAAGGAGAUAAUAAUUCACCCAUACCAAGUCCCAGAACUUUGAUUCCCAUUUCUCCUCACGAGCACACGCCACCUGCGCCUCAGAAUUCGUCAAAGUCCAGAAAGAAGCACUCAAAAAAGCCUAAGUUAGAAAUGCAGGAUGAUGGUAACUCGAACGAAAAUUUGAAUGGCCAUCAGUACGAUGAGGGAAUGUGUUCUGAGUUUAAUCAGUACGCGUUGGAGCAGGAAGCAGAAUUCGACAAGGCUAUCGCGUCGGAAAUAUUUCGCUUACAAACCGAAAUGACUUCUACUGAGGGAUCAAAAUUGCUGAAAAACCGAACCAUCAAGCAAUACAGUGCAACUACUGAGACAUCUUACGAGGAUGAUUACGAAACUGAUCAAUCGCCAGAGAAAAGUGUUGACCAUCUUGCUAAGAUCUUCGAACACAAGGCCCAUAUCAACGAAAUCGAAGGACAAUUCCUGGAGUUGACCUCCUCGGCAACGACAAACGGAUAUUCUCCAGAAAAGGAUGGCAUAAAAGUCCGUGGUUUAAAGAAACGGUCCCCAAACACGUAUGAGCUAAACGAUUCGGAUUCUGUUGAUAGCGGCAGUCGCACUUCUGCGACUAAAGAAUUGGAAGCAAUGAAGCAAGAAAUGCAUCACAGCAUGCUGAAGAAAGAAGCUUUGCUUGAUUCGUUUUGCGAUGAAUUGCACAGCAAGGACCUAGCCAAAUCGCAUCUUAAUCGUCCCAAAAUGGACAAUACAAAGAGAACUCACAUCGAUCCGAAGAAAAAACAAAACUUAUUAGAAGUACUCAAAGCAAUCGAUGGUGAUAGUUUUGAAAAGUGA